CUCUGAGUCUGAGAGAUGAGACUUAACCCCGUUUUCACCUGUAAAACCCAUAAAACUCUCCUUUCUUCUACAUUCUCCCAUUUUUUUCCCCUUUCCCAAGAAAACUUCUCUUUUCUCUUUUCUCACAUUUUUUCUCGCACUUUCUCUCUGUUUUGUUCUUUUUUUUUCCCUUGGUGAUGGCGGCGCGGGUUGAGAUUGAGGACCAAGCGUCUAUCACCAAGCUUGAUGAUGGCGAAAUCUUCGAUCCCCUUUCCGACGAUGCAGAUUCCUCGACCGGAUCUUCCUCAACCGACUCAAUGAUUCCUCUCGGCGAAGGAAACCCAGAGCACGACGUUAUCAGGACGUGUUUGCUCUCCGGCUUGGGUCCUAUAUCUACCGACACGACGAUCGUGGCGGUGCGUAAAAACUCUUCGGAAAGGAUCACGACGAGAGCGAAGUAUCUUGCGUUUCGGAUUUUCACGGAAGCCAUGGCGAGGAAGAACGGCGGAGAUCCCAAUGUGAAAUACGGCUGGUACGCUGGUUCCAAGGAGGAGAUCCAAGGUAUUAUCUCCUACGGAUUUAGCAGUCGCGAGGUUCGGAAAUCCGAGAACGGCGAUGGCUCUCACGGAAUCGGAAUCCAUUUGGUUCCUUCCAAGUGCUCCCUCUUUGCGGCCGGAGCUACAGAGCCAGACGAGGAAGGUUUAAGGCAUCUUCUCUUAUGCCGUUUAAUCCUUGGGAAGCCUGAGGUUAUCAUCUCCGGCUCUAAACAAUCGUCCCCGAGCUCGGUUGAAUUCGAUUCUGGUGUGGAUAAUCUCCAAAAUCCUAGAGAGUAUGUCAUAUGGAGCUCUACCAUGAAUUCGUACAUCUUACCGAGUUACAUCGUCAGUUUCAGGUCACCUCGUCUCAGAGUUAUAAGCAGAGGUGGUUUCAGUGCAAGACCAAGCUCGCCGUGGGUUAGUUUUGCCGCCCUGAUGUCAAUGCUGUCCAAGUCCAUGGAUCCUUCAAGAAUGAACUUGAUCAUGAGAAGUUACGAUGAUUUUCGUAAACGGAAGAUCAGGAGAGACCAAUUGGUUCGGAAGAUGAGAGAAGUGGCUGGAGACAAUCUUUUGGCUGAGAUAAUCAAGAAUCAGAGAGACAAAAACAAGGUCAGGGUUUGAGAGACAACACAGAGAUGGAUUCAGGGGAAAGUUUCACACGUGUGAUACGUAAUAAGGUGGAAUAGAGAAGAACAUACACGUUUUACACGUACAUAGACAAGCUCAAUAUGUGGAAACUAUAUAUGAGAGAUUUAAAGCAUUUUCUUUCCUUUAGGAAGGUACAGUUUAUGUUAGCUGUACAAACAGAGGAUCCCUUUUGAUACCAACUUUUGGGAAAAUUUGUAAAGAGCAUUCUUUCACAUAGUAAUGAAAUAUUCCAAAUUUUCAGAACAA